AUGCCGACGCUCGAGCUCGAAGCGUGGCCUCCCGUCGGCGCGACGUACGCGCACUGGCCCGACCUCCUCCUCGCGACCCAGCUCUCCGCCCUGCGCCGCGGGUACGGGCACAUCGUACCGGCCUGGGGCGGAGCGCAGUCCAAGUCGCUCAAGAUCACGAUCGGGUGCCGGCCUACCUGGGACCAGCAGCCUCGUCGCGAGCUCGCCCUCGUCGCCGUGCAGCGCGGUACGCAGGACUUGGGCGGCGCAUGGACCGUCACCGAGGCGCCUGUCGAGAAGUACAGCGAGCCAACAGCGUCACGCUUUCAGACGCCGCAGCUCGAGAAGGUGCAAGCCGGCGACGUCUUCACGACUGCGAACGAGCUCGACAGCCUCGAGGGCGCGCUCAGAGCCACAGCUCGCCAGGACGGCCGCUUCCUCGUGAGCGAGGUGGGCCGCAAAACGCUGCCUCACGGCGAGACCACGCGCACCCUCGCCUUGGCUUGCGUGCUCCAGCCGAGCCAGUGCGCCUUUCACGUCCUCUUUCGAGAGCUCGAGAACCGGCACUGGCAGUGUGUCAAGGUUGAGGGCGCGCACUCGUGCACGCCGACCGCCACGUCAACGGCGCCGCAGGACCUCGUGUCGCGCAUGAAGCUGUUCGCGACGAUUGAGCUGCAGGACGGCCUGCAGGACUCGGUAUUCGGCACGCGUCCGCGCGCCAGGCCUCUCUCGGUCGUCGAGAAGCAGCUGGGCGCGUUCCCGGUCGAGCCUCUCCUUGCUCCUUGACGACGGCGACCUGUCCGACGCGUCGCCAGUUUCUGAGCCGAGCACCGAGUCUGAGUCGGACUCGGACCUGGGCUCAGACAGCGAGUCGGGCUCGGACGCCGAGUCAGGCUCGGACAGCGAGUCGGGCUCGGACAGCGAGUCGAGCUCGUCGUCGUCGGGCGGCUGGCGCUCGGCUGCGUCUCGUCACGCCAGCCUGCACCGCUCGCUCGUCGACACGUGCGCAGCCGCGCUCGCCGCCGAGACGGACCUCACGCAGGCGACGACGUGGCUCGAGCGCUGCGCCGAGGACGCUCGCGCUGCGCAGGUGCGCUUCGAGAGCCAGCGCAAGCUCGUCGAGGCGCACCGGGCGCGCGCCGAGAAGAAGCGCAUGCGUCUGCAACACCAGGUCGAGCGCGAGCAGCGCCGCACGCAGAAGGCCGAGGAGAAGAAGCGCAAGAAGGCGGCGAGUAAGGUGACGACCAAGUAGAGCGCAGAGAGCCGGCAGCAGUCGAGGGUCGGUAGAGCUCGAGCAAAGACAUGGUCUCCG